AUGUUCCGUCGCAGGAGGAGCUCCUCACAACAUCAGCCCCUCGCAAGUCCAUCGCAAACCGCUCAUUCCGCCGCUUCUCAUGCCUUUCUCAAAUCGCAACCCUCCUCCAGUAGCCUCUCGUCCGCCGCAGCGGCCGCCGCUCUACGAAGCCUCACGCCGACCCCUCAACCCGUCGAAAAUGUUCAGACAAAACGCAUCCAGCGUCGGGCGUCUAUCGCCUCCCAGCCCAACCUCCGCGCGAGUCAGACACAUACCCUCCGCCGUGCCAGCAGCUCCAGUUCCAUGAGCAACCGUACUUUCCGUCGCGAUCAGUCUCCCGGUCGUCCGUCUACGAGUCAGAGCCAUUUGAUGCGCAGGGAUGCGCCGCCGUUGCCGUCGCUGCCUCCGGGAUAUACGUCGCCUAAACCGUCAACUUCCAGUCGGCGCUCGAUGAGCGUUUCGCCUACCACGCGAGCCAUGUCUCCUCCGAGGCGGAUGGGAACUCGUGGUAUGAGCGUUGGUCCGGCGGUAAUGCGGAGCCCUCCAAGGUCGAAUGGCUUGGGUACUGUUCACGAGCUGGAGAGGUCUGCUAGCAGGAAUUCGAUCAACUUCUCUUACCCGAUGAACUCGCGUCCCAAUUCGCCGUCUCUCCCUCCGAGUCCAGAGUAUCAGCGUCAGGUGCCUACAUCGUUAGCGGAGCAGUUGUCACCGCCGGGAAGCCCGGUUCCGAAGACGGCCAAUAUGCCUAGGACGAGAGCCGCAGCGGACAAAAGACGGUCGACCGGAGCGCAACCAUCAGUUGGAACGGCAGUCGCAGCGGCGCAGGCGGCCAUUGUACCUGGUGCAACCAGCACUCGGGAGCAAGCCCCUGCCCCGUCGCGGCCCGUCAUGGUCAAACGACCAUCGACUGUCCCGGAAGAUUACCAAGGCGAGGAACAUGCAGAGGCGGGGACAAGCAAUAUCGAUCGUGCCAAUAUCGGGGAACAGAAUCGCAGCCGAGGGCCAGUUACGCCAGAGCCUCAAAUCAUCAAAUCGCCUCCGACGCCUGAACAAUUGAGCUCACCACCGCCUUUCAACCAGAUAGGAUCUCCAGCAUCGAACCGUUCGGUUGAGCUGGAGCGGGAGCCUGUUAAAAAAUCGCGGGCACGGCAACCGAGCGCCAGUCCAGGAAGAUCGGCACGGUUCUCUACUCAACUGUCAGUGGUUGGCGCGGGCGAGUUACACAAUCCGCCUCCAAGAUCCGUGUCUCCCGUCAAGUCUGCCAUGAAACACUCGUCGCAAGGGUCCAUGUCUCCCGAUCGAGUUGGGACAAUCUUCCGACCAGGACCACCACCUAGCGAAUUGUCGGAUGGCACAUCAGUAGGAUCGGACGAAGGUUAUCGGUUCCGACGGAAGCCGGCCAAGGUUAGUUUCGACGACGAAGCAGAGAUCGUGGGUAUAGCAGCGAGCCCGCCUACCUCGCCUGAGGACAUGCUUCCACCAGACUCCCCGCCUGGUUGGUCCAAAUCCAAGACCACGUUUUUCGGCUUGGGUAAGAAGAAGCCUACCGCGCUGGACAAUUCAGUUGGUAAUGAUGAGUUCGACGAGGUGCUGAAGCCCCGGCCGGCCCUCCCUUCGUUUGGCAGUAUACGGGCCACAAGGGAUACUGGUGCUGAGCUUCCUCAACCGACCCAGGAUGAACCCAGUGACACCGAGUCCAUCGCGUCGUCGAAUUCUAAUAUCAUGGUACCGGGCUGGUCCUUCUCAAACGAUCACGCUCUCGGAGGAAUCUUGGCGAAUGCCCAGUCGCCGGAGAAUGCUAUGAACCUCACGGAAAAAAUUGAACACCCGCCAUUGCCUGCCAAGACUUCCGAAAACGGAAAUGUUGAUGAGGUCAGCGAGUUUGUUCCAGAAAUACGCUCUGCGUGGGUGGAUGGAAUGCAGGCUGCAGAAUUCGUGCCAAAGCCAAAACAACAGGCGUCUGUACCUGCUACUCCAAUUCCUACUACUGUUGCUGCUAUCAAUACGAACUUGGCUCCUGCAAUCACUGUUGAGCCAUCGUCACCUGAGCUUGAAAAGGGACGGUCGAGUCUGGAAGGCUAUGAUGUCCCCGGAGGAUUCCCUCGGACGUCGUUGGAGUUUAUCGAUCCGAAAACGGCGACAGAGGUGACGACUCCGGCAGCAGCACCGACGCCGCCGCCUGGCAAAAAGAAAGUCAAGAAAAAGUCUCACAACUGCUCAGGCUCCGAGUCGUCUGCGGUCUUUGACGAGGCAGGAAUACCGAUUCCAACCGGCAAGAGAACUGACGACGAUUCAGAUGAAAGUGUUUACAGUGAUGCAGCAGAGGACUUCAACGGAGACGGAUUUGGAUCUAUUAAUGCCAUAGUGGACGGUCAAGCAGCUGAGGAAACAGAGCAGCCUAUGACUGGGGCUUUGGACAAAACGAAGCCAGCAGGGGCUGAACUGCCCAGUGUGCCGGAGGAACCGCAGCAGAUGAUCGGUCGUGCGGUCUCUCCUCCGCAUGAUUCCCUUCCAUGGGUUCCUGAUUCGCCAGACACGGUCGACGAACCCCUUCCUUUCUCUUCGCCCUACCCGCCGUUCCCGAUCAAGCGCAAAACUACGAGUAAACCGAGACUUGUAUCAGGGGUGGUUACAAGAACAAACACGAGGACCAACAAGGUCCAACGACCUGUAUCAGCGGUGGCUUUCGCUCCAGAGGUUACUACGAACGGUGCCCCGCGACCGAUGGCCGCCCCAGAGCGAAAGAGGCCGGUGUCAAUGGGUCCAGUUCCCGCCAAUGGCAAAGGCCCUGUCCGCGAGACUAGCACCCAGAGGCCGAUGACGGGCGCCAGCGGUUCGUCUGACGGCUCCCAGCGACCAGGGGCUGGCUCGCCUACUGGGAAGCAUACCAUGCGACGCACCAUGCGGGCUCAUUCUCAAGAGCCACCAAAGGUGCAGUUCUCGCCAAGCCGACAGGAAUUGCCUGCGGAACCCCGGCCAAUGUCGCCGGGGUUAAUGGCGACCAGGAUGCCUACUACGCUACGCGGAACCGGGCCAAACAAGAGCGGAAAGACUUCGUUCUUCUCGACGGGCAAGUCGCCUAACAGAAAGAAGCUCUCGCGAGCUCCCGGGACGUUGUUCUCCUCGCCGUCCCGGUUUGAGGACUCUGACGGUGACGACGACGAAGGUCCGCAUAAGACCUUCCGCAGUCGGUUUGCAGAUUCGAGUGAUGAGGAUGAACUUGGACAGAACACCAUGCGCCCCGUACGAGGCAUUCCUCGUCGCCAUGGCAUGCAGGAUGGUGAAUCGACGGAACUCGAGGACAGCUCAGAUGAAGAGAAACGACGUCCCGGGUCGUCAGCGACGGCGCCCGCACGGAACAUUAGCAGCCCCGGGCCAACCGACGCGACCGCCAUGGCCGCAGUAGCGCGAUCUCGCGGUGUGAGUCGCGAUGAGCUGGAGGAUUUUCUCCACCAGCCAAGUCGCAAGCCGGGGAUCCUCAGUCGACUAAAUCUCCGCAAAGGGCGGAAUCCCGAACCCAAGCAUCACAAGGUGGCCUCAGAACCAGUGACUGAGAACCCAGCGGUAAAUCACCAGCGCGGAGGUAGCGUGACGACCAUAGUAACGGCCAAUAACAACGACAUGCAGACAAUGGACAUCAGAGGGCAGCGGCGGGGAUCUCGUCUUCUAGACGGAUGGCCGUUGCGGCACGACCGGAAGGGCGUUUCCGAGGCUGGCGGCGAUGCCGGGGGUGAUGCAAUUACAACCGCUAGUGGUGCGGUGGCAUCGCCGGAGGAACCACCCCAGGUGAAUGGUAACGAGAGCGGGAACAGAUAUACUCCGGGGGCUGCACCGAGCGAAAGCGUGGGACCCGGGGAUCAGGUGGCUGGCGAGGGAAGCCAUUUCAAGCGCCAGAGCACGCUCGCACGGGACGUGGUGAUCGCAGGGUCGGGGCGUAAGAAGCGGUUCCCGAAGCUGCGUAAGGCGUUUGGGUUGCGCAAUUGA